UUAGACAUAGAUAAGAGUUGGAUUUCAAAGCCAUGAGAUGGUCCAGAUUAUAGGGAUGGUUUGAAUAGAUUCUUAGAUUUCGCAUUUGUCCGUGUACGAAGUGCAGGUUCCGCCUUUACCAAACUAGAGAGGAUGCAUGCGAUCAUUUGAUGAUAAAACCCUUCCCCUCUAGUUAUACAUUUUGGGUACAUCACGGUGAGACAUGCAUGGUAGAGAUCUCUAGUGAAGGACAAGAAGCAGAACCCGAUAGAAACCUCAAUGCCCCAAUGCUUGACAUGGUUCAAGAGGCGUUCAACUUCCUAGGACUUCAUGGCGACGAAGAAGAUUCAGUGAAUGAACAUGCUGGCAUGAAUUUGGAGGAGUUGUCGUACUUAUCAAAUGAAAGUAAUCGCGAGGCCCGCAACUUGCAUGACCUGCUCGAAGAUGGAGCGCAGAAGCUAUACCCUGGAUGUUCAAAGUUCUCUUAGCUGUCUUUCUUGAUGAGGCUCUAUCAUAUAAAGUCCAUAUGCGGAGUGAGCGACAAAGCCUUCGGAAUGAUACUAGAGUUGCUGGCGGAUGCCUUUGAGCAUGCAAGGAUUCCAAGCACUGUGCACGAUGCCAAGACGAUCAUAAGAAAGCUCGGUAUCGCGUACAAGAAGAUAGAUGCAUGUCCAAAUGACUACAUGCUAUACCAGGGCAGUGACCAAGAGCUGUCUAAAUGCAAGCGAUGUGGGACAUCGAGAUGGAAGCUAAAGACUAAUAAGAACUCUAGAGUGAGGAUCAACAGGGUUGUUAAGAAGAACGGAAAACCGCAAGCGGCGAAGACUCUUCCCUACUUCCCCCUUAUUCCACGAUUGCUGCGGUUAUACAUAUCUAGUAAGACAGCCCUUGACAUGCUGUGGCAUCAGAGAGGUCAUAGCUCUUAUGGUAUUUAUGGCAUCCAUGGGACGGCGAGGCAUGGAAGGCAUUUGAUAGAACGUAUUCUGACUUCUCCGGCGAUCCGCGCAGUGUUCGCCUAGCCUUGGCUAGCGAUGGCUUUAACCCUUAUGGAAAUAUGAGUUUGAAGUACUCAAUACGGCCCGUGGUUCUUAUUCUGUACAACCUGCCCCCUUGGAGUUGCAUGAAACCCACCUCUUUUAUCCUCUCCAUGAUUAUUCCUAGGCCUAAAAUGCUUAGAAAUGAUAUAGAUGGCUACUUACAGCCCUUGAUUGAUGAGUUGAAGUAGCUAUGGGUUGGUGUUGAAACGUACGAUGCUUACGAGAAAAAAACCUUCAAGAUGUAUGCUACAUUAAUGUGGACAAUCCGUAAUUUUCCAGGCUUGGGAAACUUAUCUGGGUGAAACACGUACGGUGGGAGAGCUUGUGCUGCGUGCAAUUUGGAUGCUGAGACUAAUUGGCUCACACACAGUCAGAAAUGGUGUUUCAUGGGUCAUCGUUGCUUUCUGAAUCCUGACCACAGAUAUAGAAAGGACCAGGAUAUAUUUGAUGGAAAGAUAGAGGAUAGAGGUCAACCUGUCAAACUCUCUGGUGGAGACAUUGUGAGACAACUACAAGAUGUGCAUGUCCACCUUGGCAAGGUGCAAUCGGUUACUGGAAAAAGGACACGUGGACAGCAAACCGCAGUACAUGAUGAGUCUCCUUGGAAGAAGAGGAGUAUAUUCUUUGAGCUCCCAUACUGGGAAAACAAUGGAUUGCGUCACAAUCUUAAUGUGAUGCACAUAGAGAAGAAUGUGUGCGACAACAUAGUUUUCACCAUACUGAAUGAGAAAGGUAAAUCUAAAGACCACUUUAAGGAAAGAAAAGACCUCCAAUUGAUGGGAAUCAAGCAUGAUCUAUGGCCAUGGAAAGAUGGAAAGUACCCAUCCGACAUCUUUACUAUGACCAAUCAACAGAAGGAUGUCUUUUUAAGGACCAUCAAGAAUGUGGUCUUUCCAGAUGGGUACUCUAGCAACAUUUCCCAUAGUGUCAACUUAAGUCAGCGCAAGAUGUCGGGCUUGAAAAGCCACGACUGUCACAUUCUGAUGGAGCAUCUAUUGCCAAUUGCGUUAAGGAAUGCUUUGCCUGCCCUUGUGUCCUCUGUCCUGGCAGAGUUAUCAUCCUUUUUUCAUCGAAUAUGCAACAAAUCCAUUGACCCUCAACAACUUCCUCUCCUUCAGGAUCAUGUGAUCCAUACUCUGUGCCGCAUGGAGAUGAUUUUUCCUCCUUCUUUCUUCACCGUCAUGGUUCACUUGACAGUGCAUCUGGUCGAGCAAGUGCAACUCGGUGGCCCAGUUCAUUAUCGAUGGAUGUACCCAAUUGAAAUGUACCUAUGUCGUCUCAAGCAGUACGUGCGUAAUAGAUCACAACCAGAGGGCUCAAUCGCAGAGGGAUACUUAUCUGAGGAGAUUCUCAUAUUUUGUUCAAGAUACCUCGAUAACGUCGAGAGUAGGAUCAAUCGACCAAUGCGUGUUGACGAUCGACCGUGUGAACCUAUGGAUAGUGAAAGUGCAAUCAUGUUUCCAGGGGUAGAAAAGGCUAUGGGGGCUGCUUCGUUUUACGAUCUCACACCAACUGAAAAGUUUCAAGCUCACUGUCACGUCUUGGUUAAUUCCGCAGCUAUGGAAAAGUUCAUAGAGUAAGUUCAGUUGAGAUUAUGGAAUGCGAAAAUGACAAGCUCUAGAUGGAGAUUCUGACAUGAAUCUAUUGUGCACUAUCCAGUGAUUUCAGGGCCAUCACAAAGAGGAGUUUGUGAAGUAGGACAAGGUUCCAGUCUCACAUAGACAGUGUUGUGCACAGAGAAUUUUCUGAGUGGUUCAAGCGUGAGGUGAAGCCUGUUAUGAUCAAUCCUGUAGUCAACGGUAUCCUAUUGUUUCUAACCAAAACUGAUGAAACGUGUAAUUGUUCCUUACCAGGUUUCCUUGGGAAACAUCAAGCAUUCGAGCGAAUUGCAGUGGCUUGCAUGUGGCCCCAAUGUUCAAGCUAGCUGCUUUACAACUUACAACGUAAAUGGAUUUAAGUUUAGGACCCUAUCAAGAGAAGAAGGGUUGAAAACUCAAAAUAGUGGGGUUCAUGUCACUUCCGACACUAGAAGUUAUGCAAGCAAGCGCGACAGUAAUGUUGCGGUUGGUGGCGUCUCGUAUUAUGAAAAACUAAUGGACAUCAUUGA